UCCCCCAUCAUUUAUCGUUCGCCCGCCUUAUGGGGAAUGCCUCUCACUUAUCUUACUCUCCCUGCCACAAUCAACUCGCUUGAUUGACUGACGAGGGGAUUCAUUUUGCUCACUCAGACUUGGCUUCUGCCUUGGCCUGAACCCCACCCGGAGUUUUCUUACUUUUAUCCAGUUCCGUGAAGAGACCGAGAAAACACCGCGCUGUUCAUAGAAUCCCAACUUCCAAUUCUGUGAGGAUCCGUCUCGUGUACUUACACGUUGACCUCCAAAAUGUCGACUUCCUUGCCUCCCUUGGACCCCAUUACCAAUGGAUCGGCGGAUCGCGGUAAGAAGGUCGCCUACUUCUACGAUUCGGACGUGGGCAACUAUGCCUAUGUGUCGGGGCACCCGAUGAAGCCCCAUCGCAUAAGGAUGACGCACAGUUUGGUCAUGAAUUAUGGUCUCUAUAAGAAAAUGGAGAUCUACCGUGCGAAGCCGGCCUCCAAGUACGAAAUGACCCAGUUCCACACCGAUGAAUAUAUCGACUUCCUUUCCAAGGUCACCCCAGACAACAUGGACUCUUUCGCCAAAGAGCAAAGCAAGUACAACGUCGGUGAUGAUUGCCCAGUAUUCGACGGACUUUUCGAAUUCUGUGGUAUCAGCGCAGGAGGUAGCAUGGAGGGUGCGGCCCGAUUGAACCGGAACAAAUGCGACAUUGCGGUCAACUGGGCUGGCGGUCUCCACCACGCCAAGAAGAGUGAAGCCAGUGGAUUCUGUUAUGUGAAUGACAUUGUUCUUGGUAUUCUGGAGCUGCUACGCUUCAAGCAGCGGGUUCUCUACGUGGAUAUCGAUGUCCAUCAUGGAGACGGUGUUGAAGAGGCGUUCUAUACCACUGAUCGUGUCAUGACGGUCUCGUUCCACAAGUAUGGUGAAUACUUCCCGGGGACCGGUGAGCUCCGCGAUAUCGGCGUGGGCCAGGGCAAGCAUUACGCUGUCAACUUCCCCCUUCGCGACGGCAUCGACGACACCUCUUACAAGAGCAUUUUCGAGCCCGUUAUCAAGAGUGUGAUGGAAUGGUACCGGCCUGAAGCUGUGGUGUUGCAGUGCGGUGGUGACAGUCUCUCCGGUGAUCGUUUGGGAUGCUUCAACCUUAGUAUGCGCGGUCACGCCAAUUGUGUCAACUUCAUCAAAAGCUUCAACCUGCCAACUCUAAUUCUGGGAGGUGGUGGUUACACAAUGCGUAACGUGGCUCGAACCUGGGCAUUCGAGACCGGUAUCCUUGUGGGAGACAAUCUGACGGCGGAGCUUCCUUACAACGACUACUACGAGUACUUUGCUCCGGACUACGAACUGGAUGUGCGGCCCUCGAACAUGGACAACGCCAACACGAAAGAAUAUCUUGACAAGAUCCGGACGCAAGUAGUGGAAAACUUGAAGCGUACUGCAUUUGCGCCAUCUGUGCAAAUGACUGACGUACCGCGGGAGUCACUUGUGGAUGGUAUGGAUGACGAAGCAGACGCGAUCCUGGACGAUUUGGACGAAGACGAGAACAAGGACAAGCGCUACACGAAGCGCCGGUUUGACCAGUACAUUGAGAAGCCCGGCGAGCUUAGUGAUAGUGAGGACGAGGAUGAGAAUGCCGCCAACGGGGUGCACCGCAAGCCCCAGUCACUCAAGCGGAGAAACCAGGUCAACUAUCGGAACCUGGAUGUUGCCGAUUCGGGGCCGGAAAGUGGCAUGGCUACACCUGUGGCAUCCUCGCUUCCCGAUGAUGACAUGGACAUCACCGCCGACACGAAGAUGACGGAAGCUCCAGAGCCAGUGACUGAGGCGCGGGCUUCGCCCCCGGCUGCUGAGCUGCCGUCUAGGACGGAGGCGGCAUCAGAUGCAAUGGAGUUGGCGCAUGAUGGGCCAGGAGAGCAAGCUGCUCCCCAGGCGCCCAUAUCUCGCCAACCAUCCCCGAAACCUCAGGAUGAAGACACGACAAUGGAAGACGCAGGAGACGAGGCGCCUGGGCCGGAGCAGACCCGGAGCGCACCAGGCGCCGGAGAAGCGGAGAACAACGGCGAGGAAAAGAAGGCCAACGCAGAGACCCCUGCUGUUGAGAAGGCCGUGCCUGAUGAUUCGUCGGUGCCCGCUGAGAGCCAGUCACCGUUGACAGCGGCCGCCCAGCAGCCCGAGACCAACGAGGUCGAGAUCAAGCCCGCGGCUACAUCAGCCGAUGCCAGCGAAUCGAAAGACAAAAGCCCGGAGGCUUCUAAGGGCGACUCGGCUGCUCCCAAGGUCGAGCCGGAGACGAGUGAUGAAGCCAAGGAAGCCACGAAGGAAUCGCAGCCUGAUGAGCCCACGAAGAGUGAGGACUAGGGCUGCUGUAAUCUCGGGAUUGCUGGCGCACGGGACGGGCAGUAAUGGUGUUUCUGGUUGAUCUUCUGCAUGGGAAUUAAUCCUCGACAUAUAUCUCUGGCUUGCUUGUUGCUUUUGUCUUUGCUUUCUUCUUCUUAGAUGUAUGUACUAGGUGAAUGCAUGAUGAUAUAGGAUGUUAUGUAUUGUCGAAGUGGGCU